ACGUCAUCUUCCUCGAGACUAUCCCUAAACUUCCCAGUGGGAAAAUAUUGGCUAGAGAGCUCAAGACAAUGUUUGGUCAAUCUCCUGUCGUCCAAUUCGCAAAACCUUUGCCCUCCCGGAAGUCAGUCUCCUCUGAUGAUACAUUAGGCGAGGACCAGGUUCCGCUUCUAGAGGACAAAAAGUCGUUCAGCGACGCGCAAGCCAAACUCUUCAGAGAGAAGAAAGCAGAUGUUGCGGAUAAUCGUGGCCUAGCGCUCAAAGAGUGGUUCUCGUUAUACCGAUGCAUGUUCAUCGUUAUCUUCAUCCCCAAUGCCAUCGGCAUUGGGUUCACGCUCGCUCACAAGUGGAAAAUUGGGCAGGAAUGGAGUGCCACUUUCUCCCUCUCUCUAAUCAUGGCAGCGUUGUGCGCUCGUAGCGAGGUCUUUGUCCGGUGCCUCUAUACUACCUUACUCUUCUUAUUCAAGCGAAUGGCAUUCGCGGGUACCUUAUGGCUUAUCGCUACCAUGAUCGAGUUAUAUCGCAAAGGGGAUAAUCUCGUCCACCCCACACUUUUGGUCUUUGUGUUCCUUGCAUCUUUCAUCCUUGUCGGCGUGUGCGCCAGCGCCUGGCCGUCACUACGUGAACAUCAUCACAACGUCUUCGAGAAUAUCCAUCGUUAUGCCGGAUGGAUCGGCCUUGGGAUCCUUUGGAUUCUGGUCGGUCUUUCCGAUACUUGGGACAUUGAGACUCACCGGUUCUUAGCCCGCCGCCUGUAUCGCAAGCCAGACAUUUAUAUUGCCGCGAGCUUAUCCGUUCUCAUUUUCGGGCCCUGGUUCACCUAUCGUAAGGUUCCGGUCAGUGCGGAAGUCCUUUCCAACGCCGUCAUCUUGCUUCGCUUCAAAGGCGGAUACCAUCCAGGUUUGUUUGGUCGUAAAAGUUCGGAUUCAAACGAACACUACAUGUGCGUUGUUGGUCAAGGAGACUUCACCCGUGGCCUCAUUGCGGAUCCCCCAACGCACUUGUGGACCCGCAUGUAUAAGUUCACCGGUCUUCCCCUUAUGACAUCGUUCUUCCGAAGUGGCCUGUACGUCGUGACGGGCUCGGCCAUUGGUGUCGCAUUGUCCAUCUUCAUUCAACGGGAUCCUAAGAGCAAGUGGCAUAUGCUCUGGAUAUCUGGUAACAUCGAACCCACGUACGGCACGACAGUCCUUCCCGAUCUUCGUGAGGCCUUCCAGGAUGAACCUGAGGGUUAUUACGACGAAGUUAUCACCAUCUGGGACACCCGCGUCAAGGGUAGGCCAGACAUGAUUAACCUUAUCGAGUCCAUCGUUCGCAAAAACAACCUUGAAGUCGUUUUCAUCACUUCCAAUCCGAAGGGCACUGCUGAUACCAUACGGGGUUGCAACUCCCGUGGUAUUCACUGUCACGGACCCGUCUGGGAUUCCUAAACUCAUGGUUGUUUGCUACAUUUUUUUUGAAAUACAGGAUCUAGGUGCAGUGAAAAUCCCUCUUUUUUAAUCCGUUAUCCCACUUGUUUUGUCUCUGUUUUCUCGAUUGUUUCCAUCCAUCAUUUCUCCUCUCCCUUCAUGACCCUUAGUUUUGUUUCUCGUGUGAUACAUAUUGUAGCCCUCCUCGCUGGUGCACUGAGUAAUGAUGUACCCUAGUCGUACGUUCACAUUUAUGUCUUCACUC